AUGGCAGCAGAAUACCCCCACCAAAUCGCCCUUCUGGGCCUGGGCACCAUCGGCCUCUCAAUGCUAGCAAUGCACCUCCGCCGCCCAGACACAAGCAUAGCAGUCUACGACCCACGACCAGACUACGAAUCGCAAAUCCGGAGCAUCCUCCCCUCCCUCCUGGACACGCCCACCACCUCUAACACCAUAAUCGACGAUCUACUCCGGACCUCGCGCCUAAAACUAGCCAAAAGCCUCGCCGAAGCCGUCGAAAACGCAACAAUCGUCCAAGAGCAGAGUCCCGAAGUCACAGCCUCAAAGCAGGCACUCUGGAAGGAAGUCGCCAGCCUCACAGGCCCAAAUACCCACCUGUGGAGCAGUUCAUCAGGAAUCCCAGCCUCGGCGCAAGCCGCGGGGUGUGAAGCCGCGGACCGUGUUGCGGAGCGACUAGUGAUUGCGCACCCGUUCAACCCGCCACAUAUCAUGCCGCUGGUUGAGAUUGUUCCGGGGCCGGAGACUAGUGCUGAGAGGGUGGAGUUUGUGAAGUCGUAUUUUGGGGGGAUACCUGGGCCCGGAGCGGGGGAGGGUGAUGCUGCGGGGCAUUACCGGCCUAUUACGCUGCAUAAGGAGAUUCCCGGGUUUGUGGGGAAUCGGCUUGCGUUUGCGCUGUUGAGGGAGGCUUGUUAUCUUGUUGGGGAGGGGGUUGUUUCGGCUCGGGAUUUGGAUUCCCUUGUUACGGCUAGUUUGGGUCCGCGGUGGGCGGGGAGUGGCGUGUUUGAGAGUUAUCAUGCUGGUGGUGGGGAGGGUGGGAUUGGUGCGUUUUUGCAGAAGCUUGCCCCCACUAUUCAGAAUGUAUGGGGGGAGUUGGGGCAGGUUGAUAUUGAGGGUGAGCAGGCGUGGAAAGAUUUGGUUGUUAAGCAGACUGAGGAUGCGUAUGGGGUUUAUACUCCUGAGACGAGGAAGAAGAAAGAGGAGAUGUUGAGGGAUGUGGUAGAGUUGCAGAAGAAGAAGUGGGGAGAGCAGUGA